CUGUGCCGUGACCGAGUGGGUGGUUCCAGCUGUCGCUCACUUCUCUCUCUCUCUCUCCACUCACUCAGUCAAAUCUGAUACACUUCACAUCAUUAACCUGAAAUAGCGGAGGUAGUGCAACUUUGGGGUCCUUCACAGCAGUGACCGGGAAAGUGUCUAAUAAUCGGCAGUUGACGUUUUUAACCCUAGACGAGGUUUUUGUUUUAUUGAUCUGAGAGAGAACCACCUCACCUCUGUCGGGAGUGCAGACAGACCAAUUGCAUCUUGUGGUCGUUUUCUUUCUUUUAAAAAGGUCGCUAAGAGGAUACAAACCUACUAGACUGAAAAUAUAUAUAUAUAUAUAUUUUUUUUAAAUCGUUUUUAUGCCUGUUCUAUUUCUCCCAUCGUAUCCGUUGCGCUAGGUUUAGAUUUUCUUUCUUCAUUUUUAACAGGUGCCGUACCUUAUUUUGUUGAGUUGCGGGAUAGUUGUUGCGUUGUUUGCAAGGAUGUCGAGGGACACUGUUCAAAUCCCGGACGAUUUGGCUUUUACCAGUUUUAAAAAUGAAUGUAACUCCGAUGAAGGCUGGAAUGUGACUUACAACAAAUCCGGGACUACCGUGUGGAUUCAGGGACUGGACGAAGAGAAAUCGUUACACAAAAUAAAGUGCCGGAUGGUGAGUAAGGAUGUUUCCAGCAAUACCAUGUACGACGUCCUCCACGACACUGAGUACAGGAAGAAAUGGGACAGCAACGUGAUCGAGACCUUCGACAUUGGCAAGCUGACCGUGAACGCGGAUGUAGGAUACUACUCAUGGAAGUGUCCCAAGCCUCUGAAGAACAGGGAUGUGCUCACCUUGCGCUCUUGGCUGCCCAUGGGAGACGAUUACAUCAUCAUGAACUAUUCUGUAAAACACACUAAAUACCCGGCGAAGAAGACCAUGGUCCGUGCAGUUUCAAUUCAGACAGGCUACUUCAUUCAGAGCAACGGACCCAAGAGCUGUACCCUCACUUACCUGGCACACGUGGACCCUAAAGGCUCAUUACCAAAGUGGGUCGUCAACAAGUCUUCCCAGUUGCUAGCCCCCAAAGCAAUGAAAAAGAUCUACAAGGCGUGUCUCAAGUACCCCGAGUGGAAGCAGAAGCACAACCCUGGCUUCAAGCCCUGGCUGUACCCAGAGCAGAACCGGCUGCAGAGCAUCCCGCUGUCUGAGCUGAGCAUCCAGCAUGCUGACUCCCUGGAGAACAUCGACGAGAGCAGCCUGAGCGAGGCCAAGGAAGAGCAGGGCGAGGGCAGCGACGAGGAGAACACCAACUGAGAGCUACACACACAUACACAGUCCCCCCCCCCCCCCCCACACACACACACAUACACAUACAGAGGCCUAGACAGAAACACAUACACAUACAGAGAGAGGCCUAGACAGAAACACAUAAGAAAAUUCCAACAAAUAGAUAGGGCCCUACACAGUCUAAGGAAUUCAGGAGUCGGGAGCAGAAAGAUUAGUUAAUUAAGUCAGACAGACGCACACACAAAUGCAUAUUCCCCCUCUGACACUCAUAGAUACUAACAUACAGUGACCCAUAUAGACACCCACACAUUUAGACUCAUACUUGCACACUAGGGUUACCACCCAGUGUAUUUUUUAUGUUAUUGCUGUCCAUUCCAGAUGGCAUGCUCAAAAAUAGACUGUCCAGUCCUGAAACGGUUGGAUGAUAACCCGCUCGCAGACUGAGCCCACACUAGAACACCAAUAAAACAGGGACAGGAGCAGCAGUGGGGGCACUGACUGAACACAACCACAGAGACACAUGUAGAGGAGCCCUGCAGGGUUUCAUUGCCAUUCUUCCCAGUCCUUUAACCACAAUUCUGAACACUGCCAGGAGGCUGCUGCUGACGUCUGUCAAAACGGCCUCCUACCACAUCGGACUGCUACACAAAGCACCCCCAAAACACUGCUUCUGCUGUCGGUUCUGUUUUAAUGUCUGUUUUGACCUUGUAACUGGGAGGUGGAUGGGGAUUUCUUGUCAGUGGAUGUUUCUAAGAGCCCCAGUUUUAGUGUUGAAAGAACACAUCUUAGUCAAGGUAAAUUGUGAAACACGAUUUAAUAUAUAUAUAUAUAUAUUUUUAAUUAUUAUUAUUUCUAUUAUGAUCUUAAGUUGACAUUUUUAACAUUCCUAAAAAGACUGUUUACCUUAUUUGAUAAAUUAUGGAAUCUAGGCAGUAGUCAACCAUGCACACAGAGAACCUGAAAAUAUGAUUGCUAAUCUUCCCCCCCCCCCCCCCCCAUGAUUUGGAUUUAAAAUAAACUGCACAGAUGUAAUGGUGACUGUUUGGUUAACAAAAAAGUAUGUUUCAUUACUUUGGAUGUAUACCUGAUACUGCAGAGGCCACACAGUUGUGUUGUGUGUACUAUACACUAGUCAGUAUUUAGUGAGGAUACUGAAUUACUACUAGGUUAAAUACAUAACCCGCUGCAAUCCUUUUUCUGGUGAGCCUCAAGGUUUGAAACCAGUGUCAUUCAUUCUCAAGCCUACAUGAUGUGAGUGCAGAAGCAGCCAGUGGAAUUCUCCACCAUGCUCAGGUAUAAGAACACUCUGUAUUGAUUACUUGUGAUUUCCAUGUUGUCUGUAGUCUCUGAGGUUAACAUGAAGGGACACGAUAGUCCAGGUCCUGAGUUAUUGACUCGCUGCGAUGCAUGCUGAAAGUAAAUCACCCAACAACCUUGUGGCUGAAUCUCAAAUCUCUUGGUAAACAUGUUUAAAAAUAGACACCCCUCUCUGCAUCUCUAAAACAAAGUUGUUGUUUUUUUUGUAAAAGACGAGGGUUUCCUAGUAAUAAUUUCAGUUGACAAAAACGUUUGUAGGUUUAUUUCCCAUCUGUACACCUAUUCCUAUACUAGCUCUCUUUAUGCCCACAGUAAGACCGUCAGAUUAAAGUUAACCCUUUAUCGAUACUGUGAGCUCACAGUUCGCUUUACAGACCCUGAUUAGCACUAAUUUCGCACUACCUUACCUAGGUUACAAUGGGCUUAGCUAAUGCUUGCUAUAUUAAAGGGUUAACUUCUUGGGACAAGGUGGGUAAUGUUUUCUUUAAAACCCGAUUCACAGUGUACAAACAGAUGCCCCUAAAGACAGACAACAAGAGGAUGAAAAGUAAAGAAGCUGUCAAUCAAGUCUCAGCAGGCAAAAGGGCACUCGGUUGUAAGAGUACAGAGCAGCUGGUAAAAGGUUACACUGUCUGUCCUGCUCUGUGGGCAGCGCACCAGACAGGACAUUGAAGCUGUGUGAGAAUAUAAAAUACAAUAUGAUAGAAUUGUAGACAAAGAGAAGAAGUUACCUUUUACUGGACUGACUAAACAAUAAUUCAUUCUUCUUCACCUGAAGGUCUUGAACGCUUGUGAUUUAAUUAUUGUUUAAUCCGUCCAAUAAAAGGUAUCUCUUUCUCUUUGGCUAUCGUCUCCGGACUGAUAUAGCUACCAUUUCAUCUGGCAAUAGAAUUAUACAAAUAACCUUAAUAUUGAUUUUUUUAUUUGGUUUUUCCACUUGGUGUAAAUUGUUAUAAAUUGUGUUGUGUGUAGUUUGGGGGAAAAUGUGUUAAUCACAGGAAGUAAACAAAAUCUUUUGUCAUCGUAGCAACCCCUUUCAUCGGCUGUAAUCCCAGUAAGGUGAAGAUGUUGCCUACCCUAGCUGGUUAUGUUUUGUACUGUUAAGAAUUCAGCACUGAGGAUUACACAUACAAUUUGUUUUGGUGGGUAUAAGCCCAGGUCCUGCUUGAAACUUUACCCAUCCUCUAUUUAUCUUAUAGAAAGGGAGGAAGGUACUCAUGUUAUCCAUAACAUAGAACACAUAAUUAUACGAUUUUUAAUAAUAAAGAAUGUUUUCCUGCGCACACUCACACACUCACACACACUCACACACACACACACACACACAGAAAGCACACUGCUUGCAAAACAUUUGAGAGGAAAGCAGCAGUGGCAGACAAGUAAGGCACUUACAAUGAUGAUGGGCAUUACUGAGAACGUUUGUCUUUUAUAUCAUACAGUAACAAACCAUAAAGGGUUUUUUUAAUUGAUCUGAACAUCGCCUGGAAAUGGAAGUGUUUAGAGUGGGGUAAAGGUGUUGAAUGUUGUAGCUCA